AUGGCCGCUCGACGAUUCACCACUGUGGAGAAACGCUUUCGGACCGAUGAUGCUCUUCGUACAAGCUACGUGCAGUUCAUGGACGAGUACCAACAACUUGGCUAUAUGCAGGAGGUGAAGACGCGCGUCGCGUUGCCCCAGUUUUUCUUGCCCCAUCACGCAAUUCAUCGUCCCGAUUCGUCAACAACCAAGAUAAGAGUCGUGUACGAUGGCUCGGCCAAAAGCAGCAACCAGCUCUCCUUGAACGACCUUAUGUUAACAGGACUAACAGUUCAGCCUUCAAUGUUGUGUAUCGUCAUCAACUCUCGUUUCCACCGAUUUGUCAUGAAAGCAGACGUGGAGAAAAUGUAUUGUCAGGCUUUGGUUCAUCCGGACGAUCGACUACUACAGCAAGUUGCUUGGCGCAGAAAGGAGUCAGAGCCACUGAAAACCUACUGUUCAAACACCAUCACCUACGGCACAUCUUGUGCUCCAUAUCUGGGAACCCGGGUCCUAAAUCAGUUAGCUGACGAUGAAGGGCAUGACUUUCCACUGGCUGCCUUCAUUGACAAGAAGGACUUUUAUGUUGACGAUGUCUUAACCGGAGCCGACAGCAUCGAAACACUAGUCAACACAAGCACCCAACUGGACGACCUCCUAAAGAGAGGUGGUUUCAAUCUGCGCAAGUGGAGCGCGAACCAUCCUAGUAUCCUGGAACACUUUCCAGACGAACUCAAGGAGAAUCAACCGUAUCUAGAGCUUGAUCACACCUCAUCCAUCAAAACACUUGGUCUCUUAUGGUCCCCGGAAAACGACGAUUUUGCGUUCAAAGUUCCUGAUCUUCCACAACUACAACGAGUUACCAUACGCAUUGUCCUGUCGGAGAUGUCGCAGCUUUUUGACCCUUUGGGUCUCAUCGGUCCAGUAGUCGCCAGUGCGAAGAUGUUCGUUCAGCGUCUAUGGCAGGAGCAACUGAAUUGGGACGAUGGACUUCCGGAGACUCUUCAAUCUUGGUGGCUGUCCUUUCGAGAAUCGGUCGGUGUCAUCCGAGAUCUUCGUUUACCACGAUGCACAGAUCAAGAAAGCAGUGUAAAUUCCUGUUCAAUAUGA